GUUGAAUUUUUGUAGCCAUUUGGGCAGCAUCUUGGCUUCCGAGUAAGAUUUUUCAAGUGUUUCCUUCCUCCUGCUUUUCUAAACAUGGGGAUCUUUGUAAUUUCCUAGCAACGUUCACAGGUUUGUACAGAAAACCUUUUAUUCCAGGACACCUCUUUCAGGAAGAAGCUCAAAAGGAACCCACCGCAGGAGACUGACGCAGCCCGCCCUCCAUCUCCCCAGCCAUGUGGACUUUUUUAGGCAUCGCCUCCUUCAUCUAUGUCUAUAAGAAAUGCGGAGACCUGAUGAGCUAUGCCAACAAGGAGGUGCUGAUCUCUACGCUGGUGUUCUUUUCCCUCGGUUUGUUGCUUUCCUAUCGAUACCGCUCGAGGGGACUCAGACAGCAGAAGGACAAGAACCCCCAGCGCGGGCUGCUCUGUAACUUUCUUGCCACUGUGCCCUUCGUUGGAUUUUUCUGGGCUAAAUCGCACACGGGACCUCAAGAAGACCUGCAGCCAGAAUACCGAAAGGGUAGAAGGAAGGUCAAUACCUCAUCGGAGACCACAACAGAGACUUCAACUGCUUCAGCGCUACCUCCUCAGUACGAUCCAGAGGUUAUUGUCGUGGGGUCCGGGGUGCUUGGCUCUGCUUUGGCAGCGGUGCUGGCCAGGGAUGGCAGGAAAGUGACGGUAAUUGAGAGGGAUCUGAAAGAACCUGACAGGAUAGUUGGAGAACUCCUGCAGCCCGGAGGUUAUAACGCCCUGAGAGACCUGGGCCUGGAAGGGGUGGUCGAAGGGAUCGAUGCUCACACGGUCAACGGCUAUAUCGUUCACGACCUGGAAAGCCAGUCCGAGGUUGAAAUCCCUUACCCUCAAAGGUCGAAUGGCCGAGUGCAGAGCGGAAGAGCAUUCCAUCAUGGACGUUUCAUCAUGGGUCUCCGAAGGAUGGCCAUGGCUGAGCCCAACACAAAAUUCAUCGAAGGGACAGUGCUAAAGUUGCUCGAGGAAGAGGAAUGUGUGGUGGGAGUUUUGUACAGAGAGAAAGAAACUGGUGACACUAAGGAACUCCACGCUCCCCUUACAGUUGUUGCUGAUGGUCUCUUUUCUAAGUUUAGGAAGAAUCUUGUCUCCAACAAAGUUAAAGUCCCAUCCCAUUUUGUAGGUUGCAUUUUGAAGAAUGCACCUCAGUAUAAAGCCAACCAUGCUGAACUCGUUUUGGGAAAUCCUAGUCCGGUGCUGAUCUAUCAGAUUUCUUCCAGUGAAACUCGUGUCCUUGUUGACAUUCGAGGUGAAAUGCCAAAGAACCUUAAAGAAUACAUGAUCGAGGAAAUUUAUCCACAGUUGCCAGAACACAUACAAGAGCCAUUCCUCGUAGCUGUUCAGAACGAUCGACUGAGGGCCAUGCCGGCGAGCUUUUUGCCGCCUUCCCCUGUUAACAAAGCAGGAGUGCUUCUCCUGGGUGAUGCAUACAACAUGAGGCACCCUCUAACAGGCGGAGGGAUGAGCGUGAUUCUGAACGAUAUCAAGAUCUGGAGGAGUUUGCUGCAGGCCAUUCCAGACUUCUACGAGGACUCCGACGUUCUACAGGCAAAAAAGACCUUUUACUGGACCAGAAGAAAAAACCACUCUUUUGUUGUGAAUGUCCUCGCUCAGGCUCUUUAUGAAUUAUUUUCUGCACCAGACGAUUCUCUGCAUCAGUUAAGGCGAGCCUGCUUCCUUUAUUUCAAACUGGGUGGCAAGUGUGUUUCCGGUCCGGUUGGAUUACUGUCUGUCUUAUCACCGCAGCCAGUGGUCCUGAUUGGCCACUUCUUUGCCGUGGCACUCUACGCCGUCUAUUUCUGCUUCAAGUCGGAACCCUGGCUCACCAAACCGCGGGCGUUCUUCAGCAGCACCGCCGUGAUGUACCGAGCCUGCUCCGUAAUAUUUCCGCUCAUCUACUCGGAAAUAAAGUACGUCUGCUGAACUGAAAAGAGGCGGACCCUGCGGCCAGAGGAGAGCCUAAAGGGGGCUUCCCUUCAUCCCUCUUCACCUUGUGGAUAUGGAAUGGUUCAGCCCUCCCUUGUUCCAAACAAAUCCAGAACUCUGAGGACUUGGCUUUUUUUUGGUGAUAUGACGUGUAUCUUCCUCUGUAUAGACAGGCAAGCCUGAUCCUGGCCAACAGUUGGUACGAGAUCUCCCCUGCUCUGGUGGUUCCAGGUGUGUACACCUGGGUACGUGGUUAUACUUCCUCAGAAAGAAUAGAUGAAGACCAUCAGAAUGCACGGGAAAAAUGUGUUCCUUCCAGACCUUCUGGGAAUAAAUACCCAGAACAAAGAAUAGUUCAGUAGCCAUUCCUGAUGUGGAACCUGUUAAGCUUCUCCUCUUCCCCUGUCCCUCUGAUACCCUUUUAACUAUAUGUUAAGAGACACAUAUAGACACACACUGUGUCAAUUUCCCCUUCCUUCUAUGACAUACAUCACGUUGCCACCCCCUUCCUGCUCUGGCUGUACAUCACUGAACUGUUUAGUUGUAGGGAACAGAAGCAUGAAGCAUAACAAUGUGCCUACUUGUGGGAUAAGCUGUAUGACGCACACACGGAGUAGGGGGAACUCAAUGUAGGACUCCUGUGUUUGAUAGCAAUCCCAUUUUCCUUGUGACCUGUAGCCUUGCCUGGGGACGACAGUACUAGUGUAGAAGUGCUGCCAUCACAGGAGGUGGGAUGUCCAGGAGCCUUUGGUCUACUUAUCACCGAUGGCAGAAACCUCAGCCCGGGUUGGGGUUUUGUACGAUCAAGCCGUUCCCUUCAGCUAGAGAACUCGCUUGUUGAGGAAAUGGCUUGUCCAGAAUCACCUCCCUGGCUGUGGCAGCUUUAUAUGGGCAAGGAAAUUUUUUUUUUGUAUGGAGGAGGUUUCUGUUAUGUGAACUGUUCCCUCCCCCCC